AUGUCGAACCGUCGUGAAGAUACUCCUGCCUCUUAUUUUUCUCCGACUUCCUGGCCUCAUCCGGAAACCAUUCGUUCACCAUCUUCCAAAUCCGGACGAAUUCCCAUCUCCGAAACAGCAGCAUACUCGUGGCUACGAGUUGAAAAGAUCAUGGAGCUUUCCAUUCAGGUACUGUUUAUGUUCUCACGUCCAUACGGUAUGGGAAUAUCCAUUGUUCGGACGGAAUCUAACACUUAUGUCCCGCAGCAGCCCGAAUCAGAAUCUCUUGAGUAUCCGACAUCGUCCGAGAAUCAAGCUAAUUACCUGACUCGGAUCAAAUCGUCAUCUUCGUCUGUUUCGUCCCUGUCAACAAACGACAACACUAGCAGUGCCCAAGACAGGGCUGUCGGGAAAGCAGAUCCGAAGCCAACGUUGCCAACCAAUCUACUCACCAGUGAGAGAGAACGAGACGAAGAAAGUCAGUUUAGGCAUCGGUAA